GAUUUUGAAAGGGUCAAUACUCGACGAGAAAAGAUUAAAGCUGAAAGGGCAAAUCCGACAUUUUGUAGCAGGACAUUGGACUAACUCUUCUUCCUGGGCACGCACCCACCAAACCAAAAUGCAUAAGCUUUUGCUCAAGUGAUAGUGAUCUUACCAUUCAGAUUAUUUCUCUUCAACACUCUGUUUCUGAUUUUUUUUUUUUGUAUUUAUUUUUGUUUUCCUUCUUUUCUCGAUAACCAAACGCACCCAUAGACGUCGGAGAGAGAGAGAGAGCAAGGAUAGAAGGAUCGGACCUUUUUGGGUCUCUGUAAAAGGCGAUGGCUUGGAGACACCUAAUCACUCAGGUUUCAAGACAGCAAUCAGAGUUGGGACAUUUCGGGAACUUGCUCAGUCGAACUCAUCAUUCUUGUAAUAGGCUUUUGAGUGGCCAACAGAGGUUGAAGUCAAGCUAUGUUGGCAAUUUAGCUCGCAGAGUCCGUGAUAUAGAUGAGGCUAGUGAAGUUGCUCAUUUAAGAGAACUUUACCAUAGAAAUGAUCCUGAAGCAGUGAUAAGACUAUUUGAAAGUCAGCCAUCAUUACAUUCUAAUCGAUCUGCCCUUUCUGAGUAUGUUAAAGCAUUAGUCAAAGUUGACAGGCUGGAUGAAAGUGAGUUACUUAAGACAUUACAGAAAGGUAUUGCUAAUUCAGCAAGGGAGGAAGAGAGUAUAGGAGGCCUUUCAGCUUUGCGAAAUGUGGGAAAAUCUACAAAAGAUGGUGUCCUAGGAACUGCUAGUGCUCCUAUCCACAUGGUAGCAGCAGAAGGAGGACAUUUUAAAGAACAAUUGUGGCGUACUAUACGUACUAUUGCACUUGGCUUUUUGUUGAUUUCUGGUGCAGGAGCACUUAUUGAGGAUAGAGGGAUUAGCAAAGGACUUGGUCUACAUGAAGAGGUGCAACCCAGUGUGGAGUCUAACACAAAAUUUGAUGAUGUGAAAGGUGUUGAUGAGGCAAAGGCAGAGCUAGAAGAAAUUGUCCACUACCUUCGAGAUCCUAAGCGCUUUACUCGUCUUGGUGGCAAGCUUCCAAAAGGUGUCUUGCUUGUUGGUCCACCUGGCACUGGGAAAACUAUGUUAGCAAGAGCUAUUGCUGGAGAGGCUGGUGUACCUUUCUUUUCCUGCAGUGGCAGUGAGUUUGAAGAGAUGUUUGUUGGAGUUGGAGCUCGACGAGUGAGAGAUCUUUUUGCUGCUGCAAAGAAGCGAUCACCAUGUAUUAUAUUUAUUGAUGAGAUAGAUGCCAUAGGUGGAAGCCGUAAUCCAAAGGACCAGCAGUACAUGAGGAUGACUUUGAAUCAGUUGCUCGUUGAAUUGGAUGGUUUUAAACAGAAUGAAGGAAUUAUUGUGAUUGCAGCAACAAAUUUUCCAGAAUCAUUGGAUAAGGCACUGGUGAGACCUGGACGAUUUGACCGCCGCAUUAUUGUUCCUAAUCCAGAUGUUGAAGGACGGAGACAGAUUAUGGAAUCCCACAUGUCAAAGGUCUUGAAGGCCGAUGAUGUUGAUUUAAUGAUCAUUGCUAGAGGUACUCCUGGGUUCUCUGGUGCUGAUUUAGCAAAUUUGGUCAACAUUGCUGCGGUGAAGGCUGCAAUGGACGGUGCUAAAGCAGUGACAAUGGCUGAUUUGGAGUAUGCAAAGGACAAGAUCAUAUUGGGAAGUGAACGCAAGUCAGCUGUCAUUUCUGAUGAAUCACGAAAAUUGACAGCUUUCCAUGAGGGUGGCCAUGCCCUUGUUGCCAUAUAUACUGACGGGGCACUUCCUGUUCACAAAGCAACAAUAGUCCCCCGAGGGAUGGCUCUUGGCAUGGUUUCGCAGUUGCCUGACAAGGAUCAAACAAGCCUCUCUCGAAAGCAGAUGCUUGCAAGGCUUGAUGUUGCCAUGGGGGGGCGGGUUGCAGAAGAGCUCAUCUUUGGAGAAAAUGAAGUUACUUCUGGUGCAUCCUCUGAUCUGAAGCACGCAACUUCACUAGCUAGAGUUAUGGUUACAAAGUAUGGCAUGAGUAAAGAGGUGGGGCUUGUUACUCAUGAUUAUAAUGACAACGGCAGGAGCAUGAGCACUGAGACUAGACUUCUUAUAGAGAAAGAAGUGAAGUACUUUCUGGAAAAUGCUUAUAACAAUGCAAAAACCAUCCUCACAACCCACAGCAAAGAACAUUAUGCACUCGCUAAUGCAUUGCUUGAGCAUGAGACACUCACAGGGAGUCAGAUUAAGGCUCUACUUGACCAGGUCAACUCUCAGCACCAGCAACAAGAACAGCAUCAAGAGAUGGUUGCACCACAGAAUGGACCUCAGUCCAAUCCAGUGCCUCCAAGUCCAAGUCCGGCUGCAUCUGCAGCGGCUGCAGCAGCUGCUGCAGCUGCUGCUGCCGCAUCUGCUGCAGCUAAAGCCAAAGGCGUUGCUCCUGUUGGAUCUUAGCGUGCAAGGGGUUGGUAGGGCCUCUUGCCUGGUGGUUAUUUAUUGAAUUGAAUGUGCAUAUACGUAUUCACCAUCCUUUGAGUUCUAGGAACUUUGCCUGAUUGCUGCCACUGGGUUUAUUUAUGGAUAACCUUGUGUCUGAUAUAUAGACUGAAUGCUGUAGAAGAAUUCUAUGUCAUCCAUGUCGCCGUGGCAAGUGUAGCAGUUAACUUGAGCAUUAGAAAAAUGUAUGGCACUCCCCCCCCCCCCCCCCAAACCCUUUUGUUUUUUCUUUCCCUUUUGAUUUAACAAUUUUCCUCUCUUACAGUGAACGAUAAUGUUCCAUUUAAAAGUUUACGCUCCUGCGGAUUA